UGGAACAGUACCGCCGGGCGUGGGAGAAACAGCCCCCGCCGGGCGAAGCAGACCGGCGGGGGCUAAAAAAUUGGAUACGGGAGCAGCUGGCUAAAGGCCUGGUGCCAACUCCAAGAGUACCGCCGGAUCUGGAAGAAACAGCCCCCGCCAUGAGAAGCAGACCGGCGGGAGCUGAAGUAAAGGGUUCGGGUAUGUGUGGGAUGAGAAAAGAAGUUAUUACACCAUCAGAAGCAUUUGGGUAAAGGGCUGAUGCCAGAGCAGCUGGCCAAAGGCCUGGUGCCUAAAAGACAGGAGAAGAACCCCCCCCCACCAAAAUCGCCUAACAAAUAAGGGGUCCUGCAUGUUCUUGGUUUUCUCGCGACAUCUGGCAACCCAAAAGAAGCCUUUCUCCCCUGAGCUCGUCCAAAAACUGGAGGACUCUCAUCCCCCGCGGAAAUGUUCAAAACAGAGAAACUAAGAGCUGUAGUCAAUGAACGACUGCAGGCGGCUGCCGAGGAAAUAUUCAAUCUCUUUGAAGAAGCUGUAAGAGACUAUGAGAAGGAAGUGUUCCGUUCAAAGCAGGAGGUCGAGCAACAACGGCGAAGCCUGGCCGAGUGGAAAGUCCCUCUGCAGUUCUCCGUCCAGGAAGAUGGUGCUUGCUCUGAGCAGGAUCACGCUGAGAAGAAGACAGUCCUGUGUGAGGAUGACCGAGAGCCCCAGAUUAAAGAAGAACAGGAGGUGGAACUGUGGUCGGCUCCAGUGUGUGAAAAGCAGGAGGAGGCUGACACCAAAGACGCCAUGUUUAAUAUAAUUUAUGUGGAGAGAGGUGAGGAUGGGAAGCAUUCAGAAAAUCUGUCCCAAACUGUCAGGAAUGGUGAGGAAGAUCGUUCGCCCAGCUGCUCAGCUCGAACUGUUAAACAAAGCUGUGGCGCAUCAGAGCCGACCAGCGAGUGUCCAUCGAGUGAAAUAAGUGAUGAUGAACAGGAAGACAGUGUAAAACUUCACUCGGGUGUAAACAGUAAGAGAGAAGAGAAAUCUGGCGAAACCAUAGAAAAACCUUACAUCUGCAGCGUUUGCAACAAGAAUUUCAGGAAUAAAUCCAUUCUGACUCGUCACAUGAAAACACACACGGGAGAGAAACCCCACAGUUGCAGCGUGUGUGGCAAAAGCUUCAUCCAGCGCUCAUAUUUACAGACUCACAUGAACUCGCACUCUGGACAGAAGCCGCAUACGUGUAGUUUCUGCGGCAAGGGAUUCACUCAGGUGGGAAACAUGAACGCCCACAUGCGUAUCCACACAGGAGAGAAGCCUCACAGCUGUAACGACUGUGGUAAAAAAUUUCGAGAGAAAGCCGACCUCAUCAAGCACACGGUAAUUCAUACAGGUGAGAAACCCUACGGUUGCACCCUGUGCCAUAUUAAAUUCAGCGCCCAGUCGAAUCUGACUCGCCACAUGAAGACUCACUCAGGCGAGAGGCCGUACAGUUGCACGGCUUGUGGGAAAAGAUUCGUCCGACGCUCCCAUCUAAUUAUUCAUACGAACACUCACACAGGAGAGAAUAUCUAGACUUCAGAAAUUACUUGCUCUUUUAUAUUUUUCUUAAAUUUUCCUGAGUGGGUCAGAGAACAUGUUAGAUGAAACACAAGUUAAUCAAAUGUCAUACUGAAAAGUUUCUUUGUGCUAUUGUGGAAGAAGACAUGAAGAAAGUUGUAAUACUGUAGGUGAUUUGGUAAUGCUUCAGUUGCACGAGUCCAGAGACCGGCUGUGACCUCUACCGACCACCGCUGGUCAGUAAGUGAAAAUGCAUAUCCCUGAAAGGUUUGCAAGUGGUUGCUCGCUGUUGUCAAAUAAAAUUGGUGGCAAAGAGAUGUAUGGUGCUGCACUAAAAAUAACCUACAGUUACUUUGGUCGCUAGAGGACCAAACCAGAAAUGGAAAACAUUCACUUUUAAAGCAAAAGAUGUGCCGUGCAGCUGCAGCCAACAUAUUUCAGUGUUCCAGUUUGCACUUUUAGAGUACUUGGUGACUACUGUUGACUUUACAAACAACUGCAAUAACGUUUUAUGUGUGGAUACAUAUUUUUCCCUAGUGACCAGUGCCAGGGGGUGACCAGUCUGACCUCUGACUGAGACUUAAUUUGUGUUAAGAACUAGUUAUGGAGAGGAAAAAAGGUUAUUUCUCAAAAUCAUCAUCAUCAUUAAUUUGUGCCAGGUUUCCAACAAUAUUCAUACUAACUGAAUCCUCUGAGGUCUAAGGCAUUAUCGUAGAUGACUCUCGUAUCCCAUCUUUCAAAAUCUUGGCUUUCCAGGAACAAAUAAAAUAAUCAUUCUAACACACUUUUUAAAAAAAGAGAGAAAGGUUUGAGUUUUCUCCAAAAGACAGGGUUAGGGUUAUCACAUAUGAUAACUUAGAUCUCAGAGUAUACAAAAGUUUAUUCCUACUGAACAUGUAAUUCUUUGAGUGUCUCCUACAAAUACAACAGCUCAAUGAUUUCCCAAUAAACUUCAUUUGUCAGGUAGGAGCAAACGGUGCUUUUGUUGGGAACUUUUUCAGACAUAUCUAACACACUAGUUAUUUCAGCAGCAGGAAGGUGCUUUUUGAGAUUGACUCAAAUUAACUGAUGACUGUGUUCAUUUAAGGGUAAAUGCAUAUUGUCCUGUGCAGCUGUGGGUUCAAGGUUUCAUUCAUGAAACUAUUAAAAAGAAAAAUUGGUGA